AUGUCCAACACGCCCGUGCUCGAGGCGUCCAGCAGUCAGUCAGGAGGUGCUCAAGAACGAAGCCUAGCGGAACAAUAUCAUCGAGCAGUGAACCAGCAUCGCUUCACGUCGGAUCUGGAAACGCUCUCCGCCCUCGCAUCUCCCCACUAUCUGGUGCACCUGUCCCAAUCAGGCCACCUCGCCGAUCCAACAUUCAUUCGCUACCUGCAACAUCUUCACACCACCUGGCGCAAACCCGAGUACGCUCGCUUCCUGCGUUAUCCCAACGCGCUCUACUUUUUGGAUGCGCUGCAACAUCCAGAGUUUAGGGCUGCGGUGGGAACGGAAGCGUGGGCUAGAGACACGGCUGCGAGGGUCGAGGGCCAUUGGGAACAUUGGUGAGUCGGGAAUGCACCCGUCUUACACCCCAACGAGCAACCAAGCGCUGCCAAGCCGGGUUCAUGCUGAACUCUCCUCUCCCUCUGGUCUCGCCACAUUCCUUGGCGCAGGCUAUCGAGCAAUUCAACCCUCGACUCAACGAAAGCGAAGCAAGAGCGGCCCACAUGA